AUCGCUGCUAUAGAAGACAAGCGGGCGAAGGUUUCCCCCCGGCUCUCGUCAUGGCUCAGUUUGGAGGACAGAAGAAUCCGCCAUGGGCCACUCAGUUUACAGCCACUGCGGUGUCUCAGCCAGCUGCAUUGGGUGUUCAGCAGCCAUCACUCCUUGGAGCAUCUCCUACCAUUUAUACACAGCAAACUGCAUUGGCGGCAGCAGGCCUUACCACGCAAACCCCAGCAAACUAUCAGUUAACUCAAACUGCAGCAUUGCAGCAACAAGCCGCAGCUGCAGCAGCUGCAUUGCAACAGCAAUAUUCACAACCUCAGCAGGCCUUGUAUAGUGUGCAACAACAGAUCUGUGUCUCUGAACCUGGUCUCCGGAGUCGUGCAUGCAAGCGCCCCAGCGCGUUGGGCUCCGUCGUCCUCACCCCCGAGGGACCCCCUGUUCCAUCUGGCACCUCGAACAGGGACCCCGGCACAUCGGGACGGAAGGUGAGAAAAAUCCCGUGUGGAUUCCUGCCCGUAACAUCAAACCCUGCACCACCAGCGGUGAGCCAUAGACCACCAUCACCAUCACCCCCGGUAGAGGAAAGGGAGGACCUGACCAUAGAGGACAACCAGCCCCGGCGGCGGAGACGACCAAGACACCGACGGGCCCACAACAUUACCUGGGGAGACAUCAAGAAUCUACAGGACCAAGCUGCACGCAUGGCACCAGAAGGCAAUCCGUCGGCAGGGACAUUAUUCCUAUUAAUGUGUGCCAUCAUAACAGCGAACUCUCAGGCGAGAGCACAACAUGUAUGGGCGGCCAUACCUCAUCCAGGGGUGCUCAUGCCUGUCAGCGCCGACAGCCUACAAUUCCCUGCCGUCCGAGUGUCUAACUGCUCUGUGGGCUUACCCUGUGACAGAGUAGAACCGGUCUCAUUGCCAUGGAACGGGACGUUGCAGCAACCUCAGCAGACCCUUUUAACACAGCCAGCUGUUGCACUGCCUACAAGUCUUAGCCUGUCUACGCCUCAGCCUGCAGCACAGAUAACUGUAUCAUAUCCAACACCAAGAUCCAGUCAGCAACAAACCCAACCUCAGAAACAGCGUGUUUUUACAGGAGUAGUCACAAAACUACACGAUACAUUUGGGUUUGUGGAUGAAGAUGUAUUCUUUCAGCUUAGUGCUGUCAAAGGGAAAACCCCUCAAGUGGGUGACAGAGUUUUGGUUGAAGCUACAUAUAAUCCUAAUAUGCCAUUUAAAUGGAAUGCACAAAGAAUUCAAACACUACCAAAUCAGAAUCAGUCCCAAACCCAACCUUUACUGAAGACUCCUCCUGCUGUACUUCAGCCAAUUGCACCACAGACAACAUUUGGUGUUCAGGCUCAGCCCCAGCCUCAGUCACUGCUACAGGCACAGAUUUCAGCAGCUUCUAUUACACCACUGUUGCAGACUCAACCACAGCCUUUAUUACAGCAGCCACAGCAGAAAGCUGGCUUAUUGCAGCCUCCUGUUCGUAUAGUUUCACAGCCACAACCAGCACGAAGGUUAGAUCCACCAUCCAGAUUUUCAGGAAGGAAUGACAGAGGGGAUCAAGUGCCUAACAGAAAAGAUGAUCGAAGUCGUGAAAGGGAGAGAGAUAGACGCAGAUCCAGAGAAAGGUCUCCUCAGAGAAAACGUUCCCGGGAGAGAUCGCCUCGAAGAGAGAGAGAACGCUCGCCUCGGAGAGUUCGCCGUGUUGUCCCACGUUACACAGUUCAGUUUUCAAAGUUUUCUUUAGAUUGUCCUAGUUGUGACAUGAUGGAACUAAGGCGCCGUUAUCAGAAUUUAUAUAUACCUAGUGACUUUUUUGAUGCUCAGUUUACAUGGGUGGAUGCUUUCCCUUUGUCAAGACCAUUUCAACUGGGAAAUUACUGCAAUUUUUAUGUAAUGCACAGAGAAGUAGAGUCCUUAGAAAAAAAUAUGGCCAUUCUUGAUCCACCAGAUGCCGACCACUUAUACAGUGCAAAGGUAAUGCUGAUGGCCAGCCCUAGUAUGGAAGAUUUGUAUCAUAAGUCCUGUGCUCUAGCUGAAGACCCACAAGAACUUCGAGAUGGAUUUCAACAUCCUGCUAGACUUGUUAAGUUUUUAGUGGGCAUGAAAGGCAAGGAUGAAGCCAUGGCCAUUGGAGGCCACUGGUCUCCUUCGUUGGAUGGACCAGACCCAGAAAAAGAUCCCUCUGUGUUGAUUAAGACUGCUAUUCGUUGUUGUAAGGCUCUGACAGGCAUUGAUCUAAGUGUGUGCACACAAUGGUACCGUUUUGCAGAGAUUCGCUACCAUCGCCCUGAGGAGACCCACAAGGGGCGUACAGUUCCAGCUCAUGUGGAGACAGUGGUUUUAUUUUUCCCGGAUGUUUGGCAUUGCCUUCCCACCCGCUCAGAGUGGGAAACCCUCUCCCGAGGAUACAAGCAGCAGCUGGUGGAGAAGCUUCAGGGUGAACGCAAGGAGGCUGAUGGAGAACAGGAUGAAGAAGAGAAGGAUGAUGGUGAAGCUAAAGAAAUUUCUACUCCUACCCAUUGGUCUAAACUUGACCCAAAGACAAUGAAGGUAAAUGAUCUUCGAAAAGAAUUAGAAAGUCGAACGCUUAGCUCCAAAGGGUUAAAAUCCCAGUUAAUAGCCCGAUUGACAAAGCAACUUAAAGUAGAAGAGCAAAAAGAAGAACAAAAGGAAUUAGAGAAAUCUGAAAAAGAAGAUGAAGAGGAGGAUGAUAGGAAAUCUGAAGAUGAUAAAGAGGAAGAAGAAAGAAAACGUCAAGAGGAAAUGGAACGCCAGCGUCGGGAAAGAAGAUAUAUUUUGCCUGAUGAACCAGCCAUUAUUGUACAUCCAAAUUGGGCUGCAAAAAGUGGCAAGUUUGAUUGUAGCAUCAUGUCUCUGAGCGUACUUUUGGACUACAGAUUAGAAGAUAAUAAAGAACAUUCAUUUGAGGUUUCAUUAUUUGCAGAACUUUUCAAUGAAAUGCUUCAAAGAGAUUUUGGUGUCAGAAUAUACAAAUCAUUAUUAUCUCUUCCUGAGAAAGAGGACAAAAAAGAAAAGGAAAAGAAAAGCAAAAGAGAUGAGAGAAAAGAUAAAAAAGAAGAAAGAGAUGAUGAAAUUGAUGAGCCAAAACCCAAACUAAGAAAAUUGGGGGAUGAUAAAGAUAAGAAAGAAGAUAGAGAUGAAAAGAAGAAAGAAGAUAAAAGAAAAGAUGAUUCUAAAGAUGAUGAUGAAACUGAAGAAGAUAAUAAUCAAGAUGAAUAUGAUCCAAUGGAAGCAGAAGAAGCUGAGGAUGAAGAAGAUGAUCGGGAUGAGGAAGAAAUAAACAAACGAGAUGACAAAAGAGAUAUCAACAGGUACUGCAAGGAGAGACCCUCUAAAGAUAAGGAAAAAGAAAAGACUCAGAUGAUCACAGUUAACAGGGAUCUGUUAAUGGCAUUUGUUUAUUUUGAUCAAAGUCAUUGUGGUUAUCUUCUUGAAAAGGAUUUGGAAGAAAUACUUUAUACUCUUGGACUACAUCUUUCUCGGGCUCAGGUAAAGAAGCUUCUUAAUAAAGUAGUACUCCGUGAAUCUUGCUUUUAUCGGAAAUUAACAGAUACCUCAAAAGAUGAAGAAAACCAUGAGGAGUGUGAAGCACUGCAAGAAGAUAUGCUAGGAAACAGGUUAUUACUUCCAACACCAACAGUAAAACAGGAAUCAAAGGAUGUGGAAGAAAAUGUUGGCCUUAUUGUUUACAAUGGUGCAAUGGUAGAUGUAGGAAGCCUGUUGCAAAAAUUGGAAAAGAGUGAAAAAGUAAGAGCUGAAGUAGAGCAGAAGCUACAGUUACUAGAAGAAAAAACAGAUGAAGAUGAAAAAACCAUAUUAAAUUUGGAGAAUUCCAACAAAAGCCUCUCUGGUGAACUCAGAGAAGUUAAAAAGGACCUGAGUCAGUUACAAGAUAACUUAAAGAUUUCAGAAAAUAUGAAUUUGCAAUUUGAAAACCAACUGAAUAAGACAAUCAGAAACUUAUCCACAGUAAUGGAUGAAAUCCACACUGUUCUCAACAAGGAUAAUGUGAAGAGUGAAGAUAAAGAUCAGAAAUCCAAGGAAAAUGGUGCAAGUGUAUGAUAAUACAUGUAGUGACGAAGGAAUGGUGUUAAAUAAUGUAAUAUAAAAAAUCAUGAUACAAGAAUGUUUGGAAGUGAUGCAUGUUUGAUUUUAGUAGUAUAAAUAUCUGUUAGUACAAACGAUGUAUAAAGUUUUAUGAAUGUGAGAGUCUGCUUUUGAAAAUUGCUUGUAAUUCCUGGCAUUCAAAUUAUUAAACACUCCUUGAGUGAAAUAAUUUUGCAUUGCAAAAUGUUUUAGGAUCAACUUUGUUAUAGUUUUAACACCAAUAAACUUCAUCAGUUUAAUUGACAGUAGAA